AACUAGGACAUAUGAAAAGAAGAGGUAUGGCACGCGUGUUUGGCAGCGAAAAGGCGUGCAUCAGGAUGCCUUCCUGUGUUAGGAAGGAACGCUAGGUGCCUUACCACUUUCCCUGCUGGCAUUGUCUAUUGAGAUGAUCAGCUGCUGUAAAGACCGUCGCUGCACGCCGCUCGAACCAGAAACGACUUCCUGCAUUCAAGGCACUGCUUGCCUUUACAUACGGCGCACAGCGAAUGGAACCGAGCUUAUCGUUUCCUCACAAGAGACAUGCGUCACGCCUAUGCUGGCGUGCGUCGCAACGUUUGCAGCGGCAUUCUUAUUGGCUGUGCUAUUCCCAGACUACAGCCCUGUGCGAUUGAGACCCAACACUGGGCCGGGACUCCUCCAAUCGGAUGAACCCGCCACUCCCCGCUCCUGGUCAUGGCGUACGAUGACCCCAGCGUUGCUGCUUCUGGUCCUGCUGCUUCUAUUGCUGUUCGAGCUCAGCCGAGUCAAGCGCGAGAGCAUACGCAUUCUUCCGGGAGGUGUGGGCUACUUGUUGGAAAGCGAGCGGCGCUGCGGGGUCGUCAGCCACCGCUUCAUCGACUCUCGGGAUGUCGAGUACGUUACCCUUAGUGAGGCUGUCACCAGCAGCGAUGUGCACUUCUUCCUGGCCUUCGCGUUGCGACCUGAAGCGACCUCUGGUGACAGCGCAGGAGGCCUGGCUGUGCCGUACCAGCACCUGCUACCCCACAUGCGGCUGCGCAUGCUGAGAGCCAUUUACAGAGAGCUCGUCGCCUCGGCUCCGCCGCGACGGCUGCAGGCGGAGUCAGCGCCCACAUCGCCUUGAGGCGGUCAACCAGGGCUGUAGCUGCAACUGCUCCUUUUCUCGGCCGCAUUCGGCAGGGGCGGCAAUGCAAACGUGGUGGCAAGACGGAGUUGUUUGCGGCACCCUUUAGCCCUACUAUGGCUGCAGGGUCGCAACGUCUAAAGCACAAGGGGAGUAAGCGGCUACCGGGAAGCCUCGCUGUAGCGGCAAGUGCGGCACGUCGCCUUAACUUUACUCCCAAGGUCUUUGCUCCCAAGGUUAAGCAGACGCAAGGGACCAGGCGAGGGCUACCGGCAUCAGGACCGCCAGCGCCGUGUCACGGCACAUGUUUUGCUGCGUUGUGCUUGCGAGGCCGCACAGCGAAGGUGUUAAGGAGGUCCCAGCGGUCAUGUGCAGGCAGGGCAGCAGUACGACCCGUGGGACAUGGGAACUGCUUCAUGGUAGAGUGGCAGGGAGGGAUUGCGCUUGUACGGCAGAGGUUGAGUGCGCAUUCGCAAGUUGGUACCGUAACCGAAAGCAGAUGAAUGCAGGAGAUAGUUGUGCGUGCUGAAUGGAUUCUGUGUGUAGUGCUGGAUACCGGUACGCAACCUGGGGAUGAUGACAACAUGUAGAGGUGUAAGCUUCUUCGCAUUGCAGUGAGAGGUUGUAUGGGGGGCCUGACCGGUACUGCCUCAGCUGAGGCUUCCUCUUUUUUGUUACCUGGCUGCUGUUCAGGAAAAUCGGUGCCAUCCAGGCUCAUGUACGCUCGGUUCUAG